AUGGCGGCGGAGGCGCAGCCCCAAAUCGUGGUCGAGGUGGCCGGCCAACCACCUUCGCCGAGACGACCGAGCCGCGCGUUGAAACCGAGCGCGGAAGCUCGCGAAGCCAUGCAAUCGCUCGAGAACGUGGCUACCACGUCGAGGAGAGCGGCGAGCGAGACCACGCGGGCGGUUACGACGCGAGGAGCACGCGCGUCUGGGAUUUUAUAUGGAGCCAACAGCCGGAUCGAGACGGGGAAGUCAGGUAUACAGAUGCUCCUGGAGGCGAUCAACGAACAACGAGACGAAAUGUACCGAAUGAUUACCGAGCAGCGAAACACGAUUGGCGAACUACGCGAGCUGUCUGAAGAACUGAGACAAGCGCGGAAUCAGAUUGAUACCCUUCAACGCAACCCGGUAGCCAUGGCUUCGUCCCAACCAAGCGCAAGAGGGUCAUACGCCGAAGUCGCUCGCACCCCACCAUCAAGCCAACCAAGCGGUGUGCGCACCCUCUCCUCGCGAAACACGACGCCUUCAUCCUUUACCGACACGUUGUUCUGUACGAUCGAUACAUCUAGAGUGGAGGAGAAAGAGAAGGGAAACGUUCAGGUGGCGGACAUUAGAAAGGCAAUCGAGACAGAGGCCAGGGCACAGGAAAGCAUGGGAGACUGGCGUUGCGCUGCGGUUGUCAAGGAGGCCCGAAACCCGGACCGAGUCAAAGUAAUUUGCAGGGACGAAGGCGAGGUCCAGCUCGUCAAGGAAGCGGCAGAGAAGAUCAGUGUUCCUGGAGUGCGGGUAUUGAGAGACCAGUUGUACCCGCUCGCAGAGACGCUAGGGACAGAGAACGACGUCAACAUUGCGAAGAUUGCCUGGCUCAGCAGGAAGGAUACAAGCAAGGCCUACGGCUCGAUGGUUGUCUACGUGACGAAGGGCAGCGAAGCAAGGCGACUUCUAGACGGGCGUUACUUCCAUCUCGCCGGAGAAUCCGCUUACACGACCGUUUUCGCGCCCCGGGAAGGCCCAAUCCAGUGCUACAGAUGCCAGGAGAUCGGCCAUAAGGCCUUCGCCUGCAAAAAGCCGCAAAGAUGCGGAAGGUGUGCGGAACAGGGUCACCACCACAAGACGUGUCAGUCCGUGGUCCUGAAUGCUGGCCAUCUCCGAACCAUAUGCCAGGCUGAUCGAAGGCUUGGUGACGACGGUCCCAAUGAGUCAUCACAACUGGACGAAGCUGAUACCAACGACAAGACGAGAAGCCACGUGGCCCAAUUCGGUAGCAUGCUAUGGGUACGAAGCGAUAUAGAGGUCGAGCAAAUUCCAGUGCCGUCGGCAGACCUCACCGCAGCACGCAUUCGGCUCCCAGACCGGGCAGUGCUGUUGGUGUCAGUACCAACUACUCCAGAUGCGCGAUUCACCCCUGCGACCAUGGCUCAGACCACAGAGCAAUCGGAGACAGAUUUUGACACCACGGUGGAGGACCGUCCCAGUGAGACGAGGUUCCUCUUCAAAAACGCGCCCUGGACGGAAAUUAGGACUAGGGUGGCAGCAAACCUCGAACGCAUCCCCUGGGACGGCAAUGUCCAGCAGCAGACGGACAGGCUCAUGGCAGCGGUAACCGAGGCGGUCUACGCCCUGACACCUAAAGCCAAGCCCUCACCAUACGCCAAGCGGUGGUGGACAACAGACCUGACACGGCUUCGCCAGACAUACACGUUUUGGAGAAACCAGGCGAGAUCUCGACGUAGGAUUGGGCAAACAGCACCAGAGCUCGAACAACGAGCCAGGAUGGCAGCCAAAGAGUACCAUGACGCCAUCCGCAGACAGAAGAGUUCGCAUUGGAACGACUUCCUGGCCGAUGACGCUAACAUCUGGCAAGCAACGAAGUACCUGCAAACCGGCAGCGGCACGAUGGGCGAUAAGAUACCCCCGCUCGUCCGACCCGAUGACUCCAUCACGGAGGGUAAAGCAGAACAAGCGCAGGAGUUACUCACCGCCUUCUUCCCACCUUUGCCAGCGAGAAUCGAAGACGAGGGCCAACGACCUCAACGGGCGCCGGUACACAUGCCAGACCUAACAAUGGAGGAGAUAGAACAAAAGGUCCUGUCCGCUAAGCCAUGGAAGGCGCCCGGGGAAGACGGUCUACCGGCAAUGGUAUGGAGACAGCUCUGGGCCAGUGGUCAAAGACAGGGUGCUCAAUUUAUUCCGGACGUCGCUUCGAGACGGCGACAUCCCCAGCCAGUGGAAGAAUGCCAAGAUCAUCCCAUUGAAGAAGCCAGGGAAGAGCGAUUACACUCUAGCCAAGUCCUGGAGACCCAUCUCGCUGCUCUCCACGCUAGGAAGAGACGCUCGACCGAACAGGCUCUCCUUCUCCUUCAGGAACACAUCUACAAAGCAUGGAGAGCUAGGAAAGUGCUCAGUCUGAUCAGCUUCGAUGUCAAGGGCGCAUACAAUGGGGUCUUCAAAGACAGGCUUCUCCAGAGGCUCAAGGCAAGAGGGAUACCUGAACCCCUGGUCAAGUGGAUCGACGCCUUCUGCUCCAAGCGCACAGCGACCAUUGCCGUAAACGGGUUCACAUCUGGACGGCAAGAGCUGCCCCAAGCGGGUCUUCCGCAAGGAUCGCCGCUGUCUCCAGUGUUGUUCCUCUUCUUCAAUGCCGACCUAGUGCAGCACAAGAUCGACGCGAACGGAGGCGCAAUUACCUUCGUGGACGACUACACUGCCUGGGUAACGGGCCCGUCAGCGGAGUCGAACCGCACUGGCAUCCAAGCUAUCAUUGACAAAGCCCUUGACUGGGAGAAACGGAGCGGUGCGCAGUUUGAAGGCGAAAGGACAGCCAUCAUACACUUCACGAGGAACAUGGAGCGAUUUUCAGAACAACCGUUCUCGGUCAAGGGCGAAGUGGUCAAACCGAAGGAAAGUGCGAAAAUCUUAGGUGUCGUGAUGGAUCGCGAACUCCGCUACAAGCAGCACAUUGCUAGGACGGCAGCUAAGGGCCUCGCAGCCGCUCUGGCCCUGAAGAGGCUGAAGAUGCUUUCCCCGCGGACAGCGAGACAGCUAUUUGUUGCGACAGUAGCCCCGGUCAUGGACUACGCUGCCAAUGUCUGGAUGCAUGCGUGCGGGGAAAAGGCACUGAGCUGGCUGAACAGGGCGCAGAAGAUCGGGGCCCUGGCCAUCACGGGAGCCUUUCGAGCCGCGGCAACAGCCGUGGUGGAAGCUGAAGCGAGCAUCUACCCCAAAAUUGCCCGCGUGGCCGAAGGAGUACGAGUUGACCGGAUGGAGACAAUCCAGGAAUACGCCGUCCCGCCCUGGGUACCUCGCCUACGACCGACGCUCGAAGCCGAUCGAGGGAAGGCGGCCGAGAUGGUCAACAAAAUUUCGGGGAUCGUGAUCGCAACCAGCUCAUCCGUAAAGAAGGGCAUUGUUGGCAUGGGCGGCCUUGCACGGGAUACUCUCUUCAACAGAACUAGCGAGACUGUGACAAACUAUGCUGUUGUUCUUGGGACAAGGGAAGAGCAGAACCCAUAUACAGCAGAGCUAGCAGCCAUCGCAAUGGCCCUGGAGAAGUUACCGGCUAGCAUCUGCCACAGGCACAUCACCGUGAUCACUAGGAACCAGUCAGCGCUGGCAGCAGUUGGACAGCCGCGGCAGCAAUCCGGCCAAAGCAUCAUACGGCAAAUCUACGACUUGGCCAGGCUGCACCGACAAAGAGGGAACUCGGUCAACUUUCUGUGGAUACCAGCGGAGAUUGACUUCGCGUUGGGGUCGGAUGCCAAGGCAGCAGCCCAGAGAGCGUCGAAGCAAGGACGCACACCCGACUCCCAAAUGCCCCAGGCCAAGUCUACCGCGAUGAGGCUGGCAAUGGAAAAACAACGGGCGACAAGAGUUCUACCUGUAAGCGUGGGCAAGUUCUCAAAGGCCAUGGACGCAGCACUACCAGGCAAGCACACGCGCCAUCUCUAUGACAAGCUGAAGCGAAGGGAGGCCUGCGUAUUGGCGCAGCUCCGAACCGGAAUGGCGAGACUGAACGGUUUUUUGAGCAGGAUUGGGGCGGUCGAGUCAGACCUUUGUGCCUGUGGACAAGCGAGGGAAUCAGUGGAACACUUUCUUUUUCCGAUGCGUGAGAUGGACAGCUCUGAGGGAAGACAUGCUGCAAUGCACAGUGGCAAGACGAGGAAGCCUCUCGUUCUAUCUGGGAGGGAAAGCGCCAUCAGAUACAAGGCAUUGGUCACCAGAUAUGAAGGCAGUCCGGGCGACGAUCAAAUACGCAAUGGCAACAGGAAGGCUGGAGCUGAAUGA